AAGCUUCUGGAGAGACACACCAUGCAGGGGAAGACAGAGAGAGUACACACACAAACACACAACGCAGGGGAAGACAGAGAGAGAGGCGAAGGAGAAGGAAGCAGUGGACUGAAGCUGAGAAGGGGAACUCCCACACAGGGCUCUACACUCUCCUAGAGAGUUCUAGAAGGACCUGGAAGUUCUCCCUGCUGCAGUGUCCAGGUGAGGAUGACCAUGGCCGACUCUUCCUCCUCCUGUUCCUGUUGUGACAACCUAAGACAAAGAUGCCCUAGACCUCAGGGCUUGCUGGCUCAAGUCAUCACCAAAGCAUGUCUGCUAGCGUUGCUGUUCGGGGUGGUGUGGUCCAUCACCCAGAGAGAGUGUCUGCCUGGAGGGAAGCUGUUUGGCGUAGUGAUCUUGUUCCUCUGUGCUGUGUGUGGGGGCAUCCUGGUGGGGAUGAUCAAGCUGCCCACUCUCCCCCCCUUCCCUCCUCUACUUGGGAUGUUGCUGGCUGGAUUAGUGCUGCGUAAUGUUCCCUAUGUAACUGAUGCGGUGUACAUCGACCAAACAUGGUCUGCUGCUCUGAGGAACAUCGCACUGGCCAUCAUAUUGACCCGUGCUGGACUAGGACUGGACCCUACGGCUCUGCGGAGGCUGAAAGCGGUGUGUUUGCGUGUGGCAGUAGGACCCUGUACAGUGGAGGCCUGCACAGUUGCAGUGGUGUCUCACUUCCUCAUGGGGCUCCCCUGGGUAUGGGGCUUCAUCCUGGGGUUUGUCCUGAGUGCUGUGUCUCCAGCAGUGGUGGUUCCCUCCAUGUUGCUCCUACAGAAGGAUGGUUAUGGGGUGCAGAAGGGCAUCCCCACCCUCCUGAUGGCUGCUGGGAGUUUUGACGACGUCCUGGCCAUCACCGGCUUCACCACCUGUCUGGGUGUGGCUUUCUCAAAAGGUUCCACCUGGAUGAACAUCCUGAAGGGCCUGUUAGAAGUCUUUGGCGGCACGGUGGUCGGACUCCUGCUGGGAAUAUUCAUCUGCUUCUUCCCAAGCAAAGAUCAGGAGGACUUGGUGUUGAGGCGCUGCGUGAUGCUGCUGGGUCUGUCUGUCUUCUCCGUGUUUGGGAGCCAUGUAGCAGGGUUUUCUGGAGCAGGGGGGCUGUGUACCCUGGUCAUGGCCUUCCUGGCAGCCCUGGGCUGGGGGGAGGACAAGGCCCCAGUAGCAGCGAUGGUGGGGAGAGCGUGGGAUAUCUUCCAGCCUCUGCUGUUUGGACUGAUCGGAGCAGAGAUCACUGUGUCCACUCUGGACCCCAACACUGUGGGCUUGGGGAUGGCAUGUCUCUUUACAGGCCUGCUGGUUCGUCUUCUGGCUACCUUCCUCCUGGUUCACUUUGGAGGGUUCACCCUGAAGGAGAAGAUCUUCAUCUCUGUUGCUUGGCUUCCUAAAGCUACUGUCCAGGCAGCCAUAGGUUCUGCUGCCCUGGACAUGGCUCGUGUGGAUGGAGACGAGGUUCUGGUGAAGUUGGGUCUGGAUGUUCUGACGGUGGCGGUUCUGGCAAUCCUCACCACAGCUCCUGUUGGAGCGCUGGGAAUCGGACUGGCUGGACCCAGACUGCUGCACAGACACACUGAGGGCACUCAGGAAGACGCCCCAGGAGUUAAACAGCCCACUGGUGAAGGGGCGGAGCCGCUGGAGAGCAAGUUAUGAAAUCAGCCAAUCAGAGACCUGGAGUUGUGACAAAUCAAAUAAAAUCUGGGACUUGUAGUCUUCAUGAAGCUUGUAGUUCUCCAGCCCCCUCUACCUGUUCUGCCUCAGUUUCAGUUUGGUCAUGUUGAGAAGAUCCAAGGAAGAAUACCUUCAGACCGACUACUCUCUCUCUACUCUCCCUCCUCCUCUUCCUCUCUCCUCUCUCUCUCUCUCUCUCUCUCUCUCUCUCUCUCUCUCUCUCUCUCUACUCUCUCCCUCUCCUCCCUCCUCCUCUUCCUCUCUCCUCUCUCUCUCCCUCUCUGGAAGGAGGAACUGUAGGUAUUCCUGACAGGUCUUAACACCCUCCAGCUGACAAAAUAAACAUU